AUGGAGGAACAGAACCCCACUUCAGCUGUGGCUAAGGAGGAGCCACCUAAGAAAGCUGAGUCGGUCAUAGCCACCGCUAAUGAAGCGGCAUCACUGGCUCCCCUAGUGGAUGAGAACCCAGCCCCGAUGGAGAAGGAGGCGUCCAAGAAAGUCGAGAUGCUAGCGGCGGCUGAGGAGGGAAAGGAGGCAUUCAAGAAGGUCAUGGUGAAUGAGGAAGAUAAGGAGAUGAGAGGCGUGGGAUUGGAGGGGAAAGAUAGGUCUUUUGCAGGUUUGGAGGUCGUGAACGGUGAGGUAGAGGAUGACACAGGAGGGGAUAAUGGUGGGGAGGUGGAAAAGGUGGAGGAGGAUUCUAAAGGUGGAAGCUUGGGCGCAACGGAGGCAAUGAACGAUGAUGUCAGUGAGGUACCGACGAUGCAAGAUACGAAACUUGUUGGCUUUGCGCUAGAACCAGUGCCGAUGCCAAUGGUGCAGUCCAAGUUAGAGAAUGGUGAAUUGGAGGAAGAGGAUGCUUCCCUGGCUUCACCUGAUGUACUGGAAAGUGAGGAGGGAGGUGAAUUGCAAGAGGAGCAGCAGAAGGAGGAGCAAGUAGGCGUUGGAGUGGAAGCAAAGGUUGUGGACAAGAUAGAGGAUGAUAUAGAAUUUGUAGUGGCUAAGGUGAAGCCAGAACCAGAAAGUGAGAAGGUCAAGGAGGUAGGAUCUAGAGGCACGGAUGGUGGCAAAUUGGGUGAGAAGGAAGCAACUGAUGAUACAAUGGUCGUGGGAGGUGAAGAAGGUCCGGAAGGCUCAGCGGAGAAGGAUGUUGAUGUCCCAACAAGUGAAGCGAGUACAGUGGUAAGUGAGCAUCAGCAAUCUAUUUUUUCUAAUAGUGUUGGUACGAAUAGAAAUGCAAAUAAUUCAACUGAUGUACCAAUCCAGAUUGUGAAUGAUGGAAGAAUAGUGGAGUUUACUCUAGAAGGUGCAGAUAAUGUGUUCGAGAAUAUUCCUAGGAUUGAACAAAAUGCCAAAGGCCAGGUGACUGCAAAUAAAGUGGUGGAAGAUGUUGGUGUCAACGAGCAUACAAUGGUUGAAAAUAUUGCUGAUGUAGUAGAAGAAGGCAUAGAUAUCAAGAAGCAUAUAGAGGACAUGAAGAAUGAUGUCAGUGGGGAACUGGAAGCACAGGAAACAGAAGUUGUCAUCUCUAUGGUGGAACCGACGCCAAUGCCAUCAGUGGAGUCCAAGUCAGAGGACUGUGAAUUGAGGGAGGAGGAUGCUUCUAUAGCUUCACAUGAAGCGUUAGAAGGUGAGAGAGUUCAACUGUGGGAGGAGGAGCGGGAGGAGGAAGUAGGUGCAAUAGUCCAAGCAAAAGUUGCGGAUGAUGCAGGAACUGCAAUGACUGAGGAUGAGAAGCCAAAACCAAAAUGUGAGAAGUUUGAGGAGGUAGGAUUUGGAGAUGAGAAUGGUGGAAAAUUGGGCGAGAAAAAAGAGGUUGAGGUCUCUAUUGCUAGCAUUGAGGCGGCUGAUCUAGAGGAUAAGCUAGCCUCCUUUACUGAAGCUAAUCGUGAAUUAAGUUAUCAAAAGGAAUCAACUAACAAUAUAAUAUCUAUGGGAGGUGAAGAAGCCAUGGAAGAAUUAAUACAGAAGGAAGUUGAUGUUCCCACGAGCGAAGUGAGUAUAGUGGUUGUGAGUGAUGGAAGCGUAGAGGAGGUUAUUCCAUCAAGUGCCGACAGUGUGCUUGAGAAUAGUCCUUGGAUUCAGCAGAAUGCCAAAGUGGUGGAUGAUAUUGGUGUCGAGAAGCCUUUAGACUAUAAAAAUUUUAUUGGUGUGACAGAAGAUAUUGAUAUCAAAAUGCAUAAAGAGGUUGAAAAUGUUGCUAUUGUAGUAGAAGUCGUUGACAUUGAGAAGCAUAAGGAGGCCGUGAAGGAUGAUGUAAGCGGAGAACCGGUGGUGCAAGAUACAUGUGCUAUCGUCUCUAUGGUGGAACCAGUUCCAAUACCGGGGAUGGAGUCCAAUCUAGAGAAUAGUGAAUUAGGGGAGGCGGAUGCUUCUUUGGCUUCACCUAAUGCGCCAAAAGGUGAUAAGAGAGGUGAAUUGUGGGAGGAUGAGGAAGUAGGUGUUGUGGUACAUGUACAUGCAAAGGUUGCGAAUAAGGUAGCAGAUGAUGUGGAAUCUGCAGUGGUUGAGGAGAACCCGGAACCAGAAGAUGAGAAGGUUGAGGAGGUAGGAUCUAGAAGCAGGGAUGGUGGCCAAUUGGGCAAGCAAAAAAUGGUUGAGGUCUCUGUUGUUAACGUUGAGGCUGUAGAACUAGAAGAUAAGUUAGCCCCUUUUGCUGAAGCUAAUAUUGAAUUGGGUUAUGAAAAGCAAGCAAGCGAUGAUACGGUGACUGCAGGAGGAGGAGAAACCCUGAAAGAAUCAACAGAGAAGUUUGUUGAUGUUCCAAUGAGCGAAAUUGUGAAUGAUGGAUGCAUCGAGGAGGCUGCUAUAGAAAGUACAAAUAGUGUGCUCGAGGAUAGUCUUGGGAUUGAGCAGUAUGCCGAAGGUCAGGCAACUGCAAGUGAAGUGGUUGAAGGUGUGGGUGUCGAGAAGCCUUCAGAUGUUGAAAAUGUUGUUGCUGUGGUAGAAGAUACUGAUGUCAAGAAGUAUGCAGAGGUUGAACAUGCUGCUGCUGUAGUAGAAGGUAUUGAUGUUGAGAAACUAAUAAAGAUUGAAAAUGUUACUGCUACUAGGAUUGAUCAUACCUUGCCUCAAGAGUUGGCACCAGAAUCAAGUAAGAAGAGCAAUGAUUCUAAGGAGAGUGAUUGUUCUUCUGAAGUCAUUGAUUGUGAGGAGAAAGUUGAUGAUGAUGGCAUAAUUAAGAUUGUGACAACUGCUGAGGAUGGUGUUGGUAAUGAGGCUUAUGAACAUGAUGAUGGAGCCAAUUUUGACAUAAGUCCCGCAUGGAUGGCAAUCUUAGAGAGUACUGAAUCUACGAAGCAGAUCAUGAAGAAGUUUGCAGAAGACUGCUCAUGUGGUAGUGUAUCUGGUUUAAGAGACUUCACCAAUAGCAUGGAUCGGCAGAUUAUACUUGAUGGCUCAAAAGAGAAUGAUGAUAAUGAUGAUGGGGCUAAGAAGGGAUUUGAUUCUGCUACCCUAGCAGCUCUUCUGGAAGGGGCAACAAGCGAAACCUCAUAUGGAAACAUCAAAGUUUCUUCCCAAGAUGGUUCCGAAAUACUCACCAUGGAUGAACCAGCUGGUCUGGGAUCAUCAACCCUUUCUUUGAUGCCAACUGCACCUUGCCAGCAUGCCCAGUCGAACCUAUUUAGCUCCGCAGAACUAGCAGUUACUGCAGACCCUACUGAAGAGAUGACUGAGGAAGAAAAGAACUUGCACGACAAGGUUGAGUUGAUUCAGGUAAAGUUUCUACGUCUAGUUUACAGACUGGGAGCUACCUUUGAAGAAACAGUAACAUCACAAGUGUUGUACCGUCUAAGCCUUGUUGAGGGUAUCAUGCACAUGCAUGGAAGGCAAAGAAACCAAGAUUUCAAUCUUGAUAAUGCGCGGAAGAAGGCCUUUAUUCUUGAAGCAGAGGGAAAAGAGGAUCUGAACUUUACAUGCAAUAUACUUGUUCUUGGGAAGACUGGAGUUGGCAAAAGUGCAACUAUCAAUUCUAUAUUUGGUGAAGAUAAAUCAAAGACUGAUGCCUUUAGCUCAGCAACAACUAGUGUGCAGGAAUAUAUUGGUGAUGUGCAUGGUAUCAAGAUUAGAAUCAUUGAUACACCAGGUUUUCGAGCUAGCGUGAUGGAUCAAGGAUCAAACAGAAAGAUUCUUACUGCUAUUAAGAAAUAUACCAAGAAAUGCCCCCCAGAUAUCAUUGUAUAUGUGGAUCGUCUCGAUAGUCUAAGCCAUGAUUUCAAUGAUCUGCCUCUUUUGAAAACCAUUACUUCUGUUCUUGGGUCAUCCGUAUGGUUCAACGCUAUUGUUGCUCUCACACAUGCUGCUUCUGCUCCUCCUGAAGGCCUCAAUGGGGCACCGGUGACAUAUGAGGUCUUAAUGGCUCAGAGAUCCCACAUUAUCCAUCAAUCCAUUAGGCAGGCUGCAGGUGAUGUGCGCUUGAUGAACCCGAUAGCCCUUGUUGAGAACCAUCCUUCUUGCAGGAGAAACCAUGAGGGCCAUAAAGUGCUUCCGAAUGGCCAAAGCUGGAGGCAUCAAAUGUUGCUCUUGUGCUACUCCUCAAAGAUAUUAUCUGAAGCCAACUCACUUUUGAAGUCUCAAGAUCCUAAUCCUAGAGAGAUUUUUGGGUUCCACUUCCAGCCUCUUCCCUUCAUGUUGUCCUCCCUCUUGCAAUCAAGAGCUCACCCCAAACUUUCAGCUGAGCAAGGUGGCAAUGAAGGUGAUUUUCAUAUCGAAUUAGAUGACUAUUCUAAUGUACAACAAGACAAUGAUGAAGAAAAACAUGAUCAGCUUCUACCCUUCAAGCCCUUGACCAAAGCUCAUCUUGCAAGGGUUACAAGAAAACAGAAGAAACAAUGGAAGGAUGAGAUAUGCAAGUUCAAGGAGAUGAAGAAGAGGGGGGAAACGGAUUUGGAUGAUUAUGGUUAUGCAAACAUCGCAGAUAAUGUAUCGGUUCCCUUACCUAACAUAGUACUUCCUCCUUCAUUUGAUUGUGACAAUCCCACAUAUCGGUACCGCUUUCUAGAGCCAACUUCAACUAUCCUAUCAAGGCCAGUUUUGGAUGCACAUGGGUGGGAUCAUGACUAUGGAUAUGAUGGAGUAAGCAUGGAAGAGACACUUGCUAUCCUUGACAGGUUCCCAGCAAAUGUAGCAGUUCAGGUCACCAAGGACAAGAAGGAAUUCACCAUCCAUAUGGACUCUUCCAUCGCAGCAAAGCAUGGGGAGAAUGCAUCAUCACUUGCAGGUUUUGACAUCAAGACUGUUGGAAGGCAACCUGUGUAUAUUCUCCAUGGUGAGACCAAAAUAAUAAAGAAUAUAAAGAAGAACGAGACCACUGGAGGAUUCUCAGUGACUUUCCUGGGUGACACUGUGGCAACUGGACUGAAGGUCGAAGACCAGCUCUCUCUUGGGAAGAGGUUGUCAUUAGUUGCUAGCACUGGUGCGAUGCAAGUCCAAGGGGACACUGCAUAUGGAGCUAACUUGGAGGCAUGUCUGAAUGACAAACAUUAUCGUAUUGGUCAGUCCCGGUCAACCUUGGGUCUCUCUCUAAUGAAGUGGCGCCGGGACCUAGCUCUGGGUGCUAACUUGCAGUCCCAGUUCUCCAUCGCAAGGGAUUCAAAGAUGGCGCUUCGCCUUGGGCUGAACAACAAGCUGAGCGGGCAGAUCACUGUCAGGACAAGCACCUCAGACCAGGUUCAAAUCGCUCUUUUGGGUCUUGUGCCAGUUGCAGCCUCCAUCUACAAGAGCUUCCGGCCCAGUGAACCGUCAUCAAUUUAA